AAGAGUGUCUAUCCUCUCCCUUCUCUUCUCUGUAUAGCUCCGAAAAUGUCGAUGACAAUGGCGUCUCUCUCCUUCCCAACUCCCCUCCAAAAACCAACAACCUUAUCCUCCUCCCUACUCACCAAAACCUCCCUCUCACUCUCACUCUCACUCUCACCCAAACAACCCCUUUCCUUCCUCACCAAACCCCCCAAACGCCCCCUCACAAUCUCCAUGUCCAUCGAAGCCGGAAUCGGCGUCAUGGCCUCAAAGCUCGGCAUGAUGUCCUUCUUCGAGCCCGACGGCACCGUCGUCCCCGUAACCGUCGUCGGUUUCCGCGAAGGCAACAUCGUCACCCAAGUCAAAACCCUACCCACCGACGGCUACGACGCCGUCCAGGUCGGUUACCGCCGCGUCCGCGACAAGAAGCUAACCAAACCGGAGACCGGCCACCUCCAGAAAUCCGGCAUCAUCCCUCUCAGACAUCUCCAGGAGUUUCGGUUGACCAACGUCGAGGGGUUCGAACCGAACCAGAAGCUCGUGUUCGACGAGAUUUUCAAGGAAGGGGAUCUUGUCGACGUGGCGGGGACGACGAUAGGGAAAGGGUUUCAGGGAGGGAUCAAGAGGCAUAAUUUCAAGAGAGGGCAGAUGACUCAUGGGUCCAAGAGUCAUAGGGCGUUGGGGUCGAUUGGUGCGGGGACGACGCCUGGGAGGGUUUACAAAGGGAAGAAGAUGCCUGGGAGGAUGGGUGGGACCAGGACUAAGAUUAGGAAGCUUAGGAUUGUUAAGAUUGAUAAGGAGUUGAAUGUUGUGUUGAUUAAUGGUGCUUUGCCUGGUAAGCCUGGGAAUUUACUCAGGAUUACUCCUGCUAAGAUUGUUGGAGUUAAUAUUCCUAAGAACUAGACUCUUGUUUUUAUGUUGUGUUGUUAUUGCUUUUGACUUUGUUGUUCAGUUUGUGGAUUUUGAGUUUAAAAAACCGUUAUUGUGUUAUGUUGUUGACAAGAGACAAGAUUUAUUUUACGUUGUGUUGCAUUUCUUUCGACUUUGUUCAGUUUGGUGGAUUUUGAGUUUAAAGCCAUAUUGUGUUAUGUUGACAAGAAACAAGACUGAUUCUUCCUUUUAACAUUCACAAGAAUUAGUUGGACAGGAGACGAGACAUCUACUCUUGUGUUAUGUUGUGUAAAGCAUUUCUUACUUCGUUUUGUGGAUCUUGGGAUUAAAACCAUAUUGUGUUAUGUAGACAAGAAACUCAACUCUUGUGUGUACUGUUGUAUUCAUUUAUUUUCACUUGGCUCACUUUGUGGAUAGUUUGAGUUUAAAACCAUAGUGUGUUAUGUCGAGAAGAGACUAGACUCACUCUU